CCUCCUCCUCCUUUUCCCCGCCCGUCUCUGUGAGAGAGGGCAGCUACACGCCACCGCCGCCGCCAAGCUUCGACAGGCCCCUAUCUUGGGGCUAGGUUUUGGUGUAUACGUCGAGGCACAGAAACAGUGCAAACAUAAACUUCCAGAGGUCCGCGCGGAUGUCUUGGAUCGGCAUUGGGCCCCCUUUCCUGCGCGCCCUGCCGCGCCGGAGGCGCCGCCUGGCGGCUCCAGCGCCGAUAAAGGACAUCGCGUGGCCCUUCGCAAUUUUAUGUUAUGCCAUUUCUUGUUUCUCGAAUACACCGCCUCCAUGCCCGGCAAGGGACGCCAUGUACACCAAGGUCCGGCCCGAAUUGGGGUUUGCGGAGACUUAUUGGCAGGGUGUUUGCAGGUUCGCGCCUCGUCGGCACAGCGGGUCGACCGCAGCCAGGGCGCUGAAGUCAACCAACAUGGAGCGGUCCUAUGAUUGAUUAUGUUCUCUGGCGGUGCAGUAGGCACGUCAAGUGAGAAACCCGCCUGCCAGCAGAUGCCCCGUGGAUAUUUUUAAUCACCCGAUGGAGCCCCAUUCGUCCUUUAUGCGGCGGUGCUUGUGGUAGCGCGAUGCUUGCAUGGCAAGGUUUCUUAUCGUCUGUGUCUACUUUGUGCUCGCCCUCUCCUUGACCACCCCCCUUCCGCGGAAUUGUUUUGGGCGGCCCGGCCCUCGGCCGGGCCGCGCGCCACUGCGCCGCCCCGGUGCCCCGAAGCGGGCGGCGGCGCAGCCAGGCAUGAGGCUAACGCACACACAGGGCACGCCCGCGGACGGAGCGGUCCGCUUAUCGGGUCGGGCGGAAAGAGGGGGGUGGUGCCCGUCAUCGCGCACAUAUUUUUACACGCGAGGCGUAGCUUCUUUUCGCCCGACCCGAAGCUCGCGGGCUCGGCAGUGGCGCGGGCAGUUCGAACGCAGACGUUUUUGCUCCUGGGAGAGCCUUCUCGCGGCGAGCGCGCUGCGGAAACAA